AUUAUCUCAUUAAUAACUAUGAUAUCUUGAAUUAUUUACCUAAGGUACUAACAAAGUAAAAUCCUCUUUUAAAGUCAUUAAAUGGUUUAUUUUCGUAUUUGUUUUCCCCUACUACCAAACCGGUGUCUAUUGCUUUUCAUUACAGCCUACCUCACGCGUGAGAUUGUUUGACCUCAUUGUUUGUAACUGAAUAUUGUGAAACAAGUUCUUUGUGUUUCCCUCCAAAAAAAUUCAAGAUGCCGCUUCUUCGGCGACAGCCAUUUCACAGAAUCAAACCACCACCCGACCUCAGUCCAGAUGAAGAAGUAUUUCACUGUAAACUGACAAAUGAAAUAUUCCGUGAUUACGAAGAUUUUUUCGAGAGAAUAAUUUUAUGUAACAGUUUAGUUUGGUCAUGUGCAAUCACUGGGCGUGCAGGCCUUACAUAUCAAGAGGCAAUAGAAAGCGAGGAGAAGGCCCUCAAGAAUCUUGCCACUUUCCCCAGUUACCUUCAAAGGCCAAUUCUAUUCUUGGCCAGUCUGACCCACAGAAGUCGACUGAAUGAACUCAAUGAUGACAUAUUUGUUUAUACCAAGGACAGAUACUUCAUAGAUGAGAUGGUUGAGGUGAUGCUUGGCAAUGAAAGGAAAACAUGCAAAGUGUUGAGAGUGGUGCCACCAGCAGCCGCUGUCCCUGAAGUGAAUGGUUGUAUCAUCAUAGACUCGGAUGAAGAAGAAGCAAGCUCCAAGUCAAAGCCUGUUGCUUUAAAAGCUGACCAGUACAAAUAUGUCGUGCAAGAGAGAGGGAAGUCAAACAUUACUAUCACUGUUCCAGCGAAGCAUGUCAGUCGUAAGAAGGGUGUAUACACCAGAGACAAGAGCAAACUGUACCUGAAGCAGUACUGUGAGACAGUGCAGGGAAUAUGGAAGGUCAAGGAGUCAGCUAUAAGGAAGAAAGGCCUAAGGGAUUGCUCAUUCUCGGAUUUCUUUGCUGGUCCUCCUCCAACUUUUGGUUUUUCUGAGAGCAAGAGGAAGUCAGCAGGACGCAGAGAAGAAGAUGAAAGCAUUAACAGCGCUGAUGUAUCGGGAUUGCUGUCCUCAAAAUCUCCAAAGAAAAAGAAGGAGGACAAAAAGAAAGAGAAAACAGAUAAAGUACAACCAAAGUCUGAAGAACUAGAGAUGCCACGUUUAACAAAUGAGGAGAAAGCAGCCAUCAAGGAACAAUUUAAGCAGCAAAAAAUGGCUGAGAAAUUAGCUCUUAAGGAAGAGAUGAAAAAGAAAAAACAAGAGGAAAUGCAAAAAAGAAGAGAAGAAAAGGCCAUAGAAAGAGCAAAGAUAAUGGAAGAGAGGAGAAUACAAGCGGAGAUCUAUAAAGAGUGGAGUCGACAGAGAGAUGAUCUAGAGUGUGAUGAUCUUAAGCCCCUGCCUGAGUUGAAUGUUGUACAGACACGCCUCCCUGGGGAAUGCUUUGGAGAUGCUGUGAUGGUUCUGGAAUUCAUCAACUGUUUCACUUCCCUAUUUGAUCUCAGGGAAUACUUUCCAAAAGGAUUUACUUAUGAAACAUUGGAAAAGGCUCUCCUUGAGAGAGACCAUAAUGGUGUGCUGACAGACAUUUUGUUGAUGAUGAUGUCUGCCAUCUUCACCCUGCAGGAAGAGGAAGAAGCAGAGGAGGAGGAGCUCUCCAAAGAAGAUAAGGCUAAUCAAGCUCUUUCUGCUUCAACAGUGACUGGGAUGGAGGAGAUGGAUGAGACGAUGGAUAUGGAGGACAUGAUGGACACUGCUACAGUCUGUGCCCAAAUCCCUCAGCUGACCCACGGGACAACUCUGAGAAAACUACCCCUGGACUCUUUCACUCUGUCCGAGAUUGUUCGACUCCAUGUCCUUGCCUCUGGGGCCAAGGUCAGUGAUAAGAAUGUGAAGUACCGCUACCAGCAGCGGGGGGGAUACACCUCCCUGGACGACCCAGGUCUACAGUUCAGGAAGCAGGAGCCCACUCUGAUGAAACUUCUGGCCACUGAUAGUGUGUUUGAUCUGCAGCCAAGUGACAAGCUGAAAAUCCUGAACUUGUUGGUUCAGCAGUUUUUGACUUACGCUGCAACAAGAGACACAAUAGAAGAUAACUAUGACAAGCUGAGACAACUGAAGUAUGACUUGCGACAUUUACAGUGGGCGGAGCAGAGGAGGGAGAAGGAGGAGCAAGCCAUGAGGUACAAGAAAAGAAUGGAAGAGAAGCAAAAAGAAAGAGAAAAGGCAGAACAGAAAAGGCAGAAAAGACUGAAGGAACUAGAGGAGAAAAUGAAGAGGGAGGAGGCAGGGGAGACAGUGGAUGACGAAGUAAAACUCAUUGAGGAGGAAGAAGAUGAAGAUGAUGAGGAAGAUUCUGCCACAGAAGAAGAUAAAGAGGCCCAGCGACAGAAGGAAGAGGAGGAGGAUGCCAACAAGAAGGCAGAGUUUGGUCUACAGGAGCGACAGAUGAUUGACAAAAUCCUGGAUCUCCAGCACUCGUGUUCACUGGUCCCUAUCGGGCGGGACCGUAUGUUCCGUCGUUACUGGGUCUUCCAGUCCAUUCCCGGCGUGUUUGUAGAGGAUCAGGAGGAAUUUGUGGAUGAGAAGGGGUGGGAGGUAGCCCCCCAGAAAGUAACUGUGUCUGUCCCAAAACCUCAAAAGAUGGUGUCCGAAAAGACGGAAGAGCACAACAAUGGAAGUGACAAAGAAAACGACUCGUUCAAUACUUCCACUGCCAAUAACAGUAUUAAUACCAGCCAAAACCAGGAAACUGGAAAUCCUACUGGCUCGGCAAAUCCAACCCAAUUACCUCAAAAUUCUCAGGAUAAGGUUAGCAAUGGUGACUUGAUUACAAUUAGUGAUGAGGAAAAUUCCAAGCCUUCUUCAGUAAAAGAGGAGGGAGAGGAAAACGAGGCAGUGACACAGGUAAAAAAUCGUAAGAAAAACACCUGGAUGUAUGUCACAUCAUCGGAGGAGCUUCACCAAUUAAUUGAUUCCCUCAAUGAGAGGGGAUUCAGAGAAAGUGCUCUAAAGUCAGCGUUGUUGGAGAGGAAAAACGUAAUCUUUGAGAACAUAGAAGACUGUCCAACCAACAUCCUCUGUCAAUCUGUAUCCACCUCCCUCAUCAAAGAGGAAAGUAGAUCAGAGUCUCCUUCUGAAUUAACAUUCAAAUCAACAAGGUCAGGGCCCAAAAGGACAUCCAAGGGACUCAUUAAAAACAACAGCGCACAGGAAAUUCUAGAAAUCAAUCUACGAGAAUUACUGAUUGAUUUGGAGGAGAGAAUACAUGUUGGAGGUCUAGGAAAAUUAAAGGUUACCGAUCGACAAAACUGGAGAAAUGCAAUAGAGAAGGGAAGUUACGACCCCCAAACUGACGACCCAGUCUUCCAGAAGCAUGAUAUCAGCUUCAGUGAAGGGGAUGAAGAAGACAAGUCCUUGUCAUCAGAAGAUACACGGGAGUCUGUGGUGAAGGACCUGUCCAAGGCCCUCCUACAGAUUGCUAUAGGGGUGGAACCUAAGUACAUGGGACCCCCACUGGGAUUUACUGAUGUUAAGGCCAAGUCAAAGAAAAAGGAAAUUAAGGAUGGAGACUUGGAUGAUGAAGACAGCAAACAGGAGGAUGUUGUUCCAGAGAAGACGACGAAGGAGCGCUGGGAGGAGUCUGUUCUGUUCAGUUCCAGUCUGGCCCAGGUGUUCCUCCAUCUCUCCACGCUAGAGAAGAGCAUCAUCUGGCAAAAGUCGGCCCUGCAUGCUCGCUGUAGAAUCUGUAGGCGUAAGGGUGAUGCCGAGCAGAUGCUGCUGUGUGAUAAAUGUGACAGAGGACACCACAUGUACUGUCUAAAACCAAGGCUUAAGCAUGUUCCAAAAGGGGAUUGGUUUUGUCCAGACUGUAAACCCAAGGAGACCAAGAGAAGUCCACUGAAACAGCGAAGGAGGACAUUCACAGAGGAGGAAGAAGAGGAAGAGGACAUGGAAGAGGAGGAAGAAGAGAGUGAGGAGGAGCUGGUCGAGGAGUCGGGGGAGGAGGAGGAAGAGGAGAACGACAAUGUGUGUGCUGUGUGUAGCACUGGGGGGAUGUUGGUCUGCUGUGACACCUGCCCCCUGGUCUAUCAUCUGGACUGUGCUGUCCCACCCCUCAAAAAGGUUCCACGGGGGAAAUGGCAGUGUCAGCUGUGUACUGGGGUCACCACCAAAGGCAAAAUCAAGCUGCCCCGAGCCAAAGCUGGUAAAAAGAAGAACCAAGUUAAAAGUACACCAAACUCUAGUCGAGCCUCAUCCCGGAAAGGAAGUCCGCGGGAAAGUCCAAUCACAGUGAAGUCCGGAAAGAAACGAGACUGGGAGUCGCUGGAGGAAGACCUCAGCAGCAGCAAACCAAAGGGAGGCAAGGGUCGCUCUAAGUCCAGGCAAUCCGACAUCAAUGGAGAUGAGAUCAAACACUAUGUCAGCAGUUCCCGUGGAAACAGCAAAGUUCAAAGUUUAAAAGUUGUACAAGAUAUUGUCAAUGAUUUGGUCAAACAUGAAGACAGCUGGCCGUUCUUAAAACCUGUCAACAAAAAACUGGUUCCAGAUUAUUAUGAUAUCAUUGCCAUUCCCAUGGAUUUCUCCACCAUUCGUAACAAAAUGAACAGCUAUGACUACGUUGAGGUCUCUGAACUGAUUAGUGAUGUACGACAAAUAUUCUCUAACUGUUUUGAAUACAACAAGAAAACCACAACGGAAUACAAGGCAGGAUCAACACUGUCCAAGAUGUUCGAAAAGAGGAUUAAGGACGCACAUCUUGAAAAAGACUCACCAGAGCCGCCGCCAAGUAAACGGCAGCGCAAACAUUAACGUGGAGUAGAAAGUAGCGGUCACCCACACUGAUAAUAUACACAUCUGUAGCAUGCAUCAUGGUGACGAUUCAAUAAAUUAUUUAGGGCACUUCUGUGCUUUUUUAACUUUUUUUCCCUCUCAUUUUGAAUGUGAUACAGCUUUCAUAUCUUUUUGACAUGUUUAAAUUAUUACAGUUAACAUUUUAUAUUGUUCGUACCUCUUGUGUGUAUUAACUAUAUAUGAAUGUAUUUGUGACCUGGUUUCCAAUCACUACGAAUAAAUACUUGUCAAAAGGUACCAGCAUCA